AUGUUAAAACUGAAAAGAAGGGAAUCAGCAAUCAUCAAAUUGGACUUCCAAAAAGCCUAUGACAUAGUCAAGUGGAACUUUGUUGAUGUCGUUCUAGAAAAGAUGGGGUUCGAAAAAAGAUGGAGGGCAUGGGUUGCAGAGUGUAUCAUGUCAGCAUCUAUCUCCAUAUUGAUUAACGGGUCACCUUCGAAACCAUUCAAGAUGGAAAGGGGUCUGCGGCAAGGUGAUCCUUUAUCGCCGUUUCUGUUCGUCCUUGUUGUAGAUGUGUUGAAUAGGAUGAUUGGGGAGGCGGAGGAGACAGUGCGAAAUUACAAGAGACUAUUACGGUGCUUUAAAGUGAUGUCCGGGUUAAGCAUUAACUUUGAAAAGUCCAGCUUGAUACCGGCAAAUUGUAGUCAAGAGUAG